GCCUCCGCAGGGCGCGCCUCCUUUGUGGCGCCGGGCUGGGCGGCCGGGCCGGGAGGAGGCGGGAGCCCGAGUCCCAGCGCGGGGAGCGAGAGCUAAUGGCGGCGCCUGCGCCCGGGGGCCCCGGAGCCGCCGCCUCGGCCGCCCUGGACGAGCUGUCCCGGAACCUCACGUACGGGGCGCUGGGCGCCGGCAAUGGCUCCCUGUCGGGCGCUUGGUACCGCCGGAACCAGAUUCACCUUUUUGGAGUUUUGCUGGCCAUUUUAGGAAACUUGGUAAUCAGCAUUUCCCUAAAUAUUCAGAAAUAUUCGCAUCUUCAGUUGGCGCACCAAGAACACCCAAGGCCGUACUUCAAGAGCGUGCUGUGGUGGGGCGGCAUCAUACUGAUGGCUGUGGGAGAGACAGGAAACUUUGCAGCCUAUGGAUUUGCCCCCAUUACUCUCAUUGCUCCAUUAGGCUGUAUGUCUGUUACAGGUAGUGCCAUUAUUUCUGUUAUGUUUCUGAAAGAAAAUUUGAGAGCCUCAGAUUUACUAGGUAUGACACUGGCAUUUGCAGGAACAUAUUUAUUGGUGAACUUUGCUCCAAAUAUAACUCAGGAUAUCUCCGCAAGAACAGUACAGUAUUACUUUGUUGGCUGGCAGUUCAUGACCUAUGGGAUUUUAGAAAUACUAAUUUUCUGCAUUCUCCUAUAUUUCCAUAAAAGAAAAGGAAUAAAACACAUUGUGAUUCUGCUAACCCUGGUGGCACUUCUAGCCUCAUUGACUGUCAUUUCAGUAAAAGCCGUCUCAGGCAUGAUCACUUUUUCUGUGACGGAUAAAAUGCAACUAACUUAUCCCAUCUUCUAUAUCAUGUUUAUCAUCAUGAUAGCAUCUUGUGUUUUCCAAGUCAAGCUCCUGAAUCAAGCCACAAAACUCUACAAUACAGCGACGGUGGUGCCCAUUAACCAUACUUUCUUUACAAUCAGUGCCAUUAUUGCAGGUAUCAUAUUUUAUCAGGAAUUCCUUGGUGCAGCUUUUCUCACUAUAUUUAUAUAUCUUUUUGGGUGUUUUCUGUCAUUCCUUGGUGUGGUUUUGGUCACAAGAAAUCGAGAAAAGGAACAUCUGCCACAGUCUUACAUUGAUUUUGGACAUGUCCCUGGGAAACAAAUGUUGGACAAAAUACAACCAGAUUCAAAUGGCUUAUCCUAUGGAACUUUGCCUGAUGGAAGUGACUCCACAAAGAGCCCAAGUGGAGAGAAGAAAGAGGUCUGAAAUGCCGAGAGGGAUGGCUGCUGGCCUGUUAUUCGAUACCACCUUUUAAAAAAUUGCACAUGUUCAAUUUGUGUCAGCAGCUAUUUUAUGCUGACAUGUGCUCCCAUUUGUUUAGUCCUUUACCCCACCUCCAUGUCUAUGGACUAUCAGGGCCUUCCUAAGCUUUGACACUCUAAUGUUUUCAUGGAAUGUGAUUUGAAGUGUUCCCCACACCCUGGACCUCUCCCUAGUGAUCAUCGAACUGGCUAGAUCUUAAUUAGAGCCUGGCUGCCCAAGCAGGAAUGUCACACAAAAAUGUGCGUCCACGAUUUGGCUGCAGAACACAUCGGUUGCUUUUCCCAUACAGCUUGCAAGAUCAGUUGCUUUGCUUUAAAGGGACACUUUAGCCCCACCACCUCGCUCCUAAACCAAAGGUUUGAGAGCAUUCAUUCUUCCUAAGACAUCUUUUAUGAACCUCCCCCAAAACAUUUCACCUUCCUAUUCCCAAAUUGAGUGGUGAAUCAUCUUUUCUGAAAACUAGCCCUAUCACAAAUAUCCUUUGAAAAUUAAGGGUGUCUUUAAAAUUAGAAUUUAUACCCCAUUCUAUGAUGGGGUAUACCAAAACCAAAAGACCUUGACUGGUGGACUUUUUUAAGCUUAAGAAAGGAAAAAUUUAAGAAUUAGUACCAACUUUUUAAAUAAAAAUGUAAUAGAAUGGUGACGUUUUCUUCAGCUGUA